UUUUCAGAAUUCUAUGAUGGUGAUGUCGGCGAGCGCCACUAACAUUCUGAGUGCUGCACCCGAAGUUGGAAGUUGGGCUGAAGCAGUCGAACAAGACACCCUUCAAAACAACGAAGUCAAUGAAGACGGUGUUAAAACGGUUGUUGCUUACAUUGAGGAAGAUGGAGCACGAUAUAAGGUGGUGACCCAGUUCAAAGUAAUCACCAAGAAUGUGCCAAAAGUUGUAGCCGAGCGCAAGAAGCUGAAGAAAUUUGGACAAUGCAAAGAUGAACCACCAGGCCCACAGGUCUCCACAACUUACGUAGCAGAAGAGGUUGAGAUGCAGUUCACAAGAAACCGUGCUGGAGAACAAAUCUUGGAUGUACAAGAGGAUAAGCAAGUUGUGAAAGCGACCAGCAGGGAGCACUGCCGUCAUUGCAAAGGAAACGAUCAUUGGAGUACAAACUGCCCUUACAAGGAAAUGUAUGCCACGGAGGAUGAUAUCGAGAAUGCUGAAGCAGCAGAAAAAGAAAGAACAGCACCUGGUACUGGUCGUUAUGUUGCGCCUGGAAUGCGUGGUGAUGCUCGCCAAGGAGAUCGCAGGUCCGACGAGAAUACGUGCCGUGUCACCAACCUUCCUCAAGAAAUGGAGGAGGCAGAACUUCGCGAGCUGUUUGCGGCUAUUGGCCGUGUAUCCCGUGUGUUUAUUGCCCGUGAUAAAGUAACUAAUCAGCCUAAAGGAUUCGCGUUCGUGACGUACGACUUGAGAGAGGAUGCUGAGAGAGCAAUAGCAAAACUGAAUGGUAUACGAAGACAUCACAUGGUGCUUAGAGUGGAGUGGACGAGGCCAAGCAACUAAACUUUCUGCGGGACUUGUUUCAUCUGUCGGUGUAUGCAGCAAUCCAGAAGUUCUUUGUUAGCGCUAAUUUUCAAAUUUCUUGCUGUUUUUAGAUUCUUUAUUGAUUACAUUCUGUUUGUUGGGGUUAUGUGAUGAAGAUUUUUACAGUUCGGCUAUCUUUUACUCUUACUAGCGACAUCAUAAAACUUGAACUCGUUUUCUUGU